UUUCCUGUUUUUUGUUUUUCUGUUGGUCGGUUUUGCCCCUGAGAGUCAUAUAUUUGAUAUAAAAACAAACAGCUCUUUAAGGCAAAUAAUCCUCCUGCUCUCAGAAAAAUUAUGGUUCUUAAAUGGUUCUUCAGAUGUCUUCAUGGUUCUUUAAAGAACCAUCAUACGUCAAAGAAGGUUUUAAACCCAUUUUUAAGUCCAUUUUUAUAAAGGUUCUUUGAAAAACCAUUAAAGGUGCCCCAAAGAACCAUUUCUUGAUGGUUCUUUGGGGCACCUUCAGAGGUUCUUCAAUGAGCCACUGAAAGAAAUGGUUCUUCAGAGAACCAUUGUUUGAAAGGUUCUUUGUGGCACCAAAAAAGGUCCUUCUAUAGCAUCAGUCUAAAGAACCACUUUUGGUUCCAGUUGGCACCUUUAUUUUUCUGAGCGUGGGUAAAAAUAAAAUCUAGGCUCCUCCCUUUAGAAAUAAAAAUAAGGGCAGUUAACUUUAGUGUGACACAAACAUACAGAAAUAAAGUUUACAUAAAGGCUGUUAAAUUAUACUGAUAUCAGUUUUUAAUGCAAAUCUUCUCAUCCUGCUGUGUCACAGACACGAACACCAACAGAGGAGACUGAGCACAUCCACGCCUCAUUCAAAGCAGCUUUCUGAGCUCUGUUGAGAUAAUGAGGCUCAGCACAGCAGCAAUAAACAGCUUUGUAAAAGUUCCAUGACACGUAGAUUCACAAGAAGACACAUGGUGUCUGACAUUUUAAGAUGGAACUGAGAUAUUUGAAGAGUUUUUGAAUUUAAUCUGGAAAAAAGGCUGGGAUCACACCCGAAGUGGUUUUGACGCAUGGAAGUAAACACAACAUACACCACAGUAGGUGGUCACUACAGCCUGCUGCCUUCACAGCAUCACCUCUUUGAUCAUCUAAACAGCUGAACACAUAAAGAGCUGCUGUGCAGCCUCUUAUGGCUGACAACACCACGGUGACAAUAGCUGGCCCUGACCUCCUCAGUGUCACUACUAGUGCCACUGGGAACAACACCACACCUGCCAAUGUCCAUUUAGCCAAAGUGAUGAAUUGGCUGACCUUCAGCCUUGGGCUGCCCGCCAUUGGACUCGCUCUUUACAUCCUCAAGAAUCUCUCCAAAGGUGAGAAUAAAGUUCCCAUGCACGUCGUCUUCCUCCUGGUUUCUGACAUCAUCAGUUUCUUCGGACGUCCUAAUGUGAGUCAGAAAGUGGACAGUGGGUCCACGUUCUCCGCCAAUCCCACCGACUUCAUCUUUUAUUUUGGUGUCGUCUCCAACAUCACCCUCAUGCUGUUCAUAGCUCAGGAGCGCCAUCUCCAGGUGGCCUACCCACAGUGCCUUGCCUGCUGCACCAGUAUCAGGAGGCAUCCCAUAGUGGCCUUGGUGGCAUGGGCUGCCCCAUUCGCCAUCCUGGCUCUCGCUGUGCUACAGUACAACCUCUGGUUCGCUGUGGCUCUCCUAGCUCCUUUCCCCUUUCUCCUCUUCUUUGCUGUGGACUCAUGGAGGGCUCUGAUCUGCUCCAGAUCUAAUCCUUCAUCACCAGAGAGGAGAAGGACAGUGGUGGGUAUCGGUGCAAUCUGGGCCAACUACACUGUCCUCUAUGUCCCUUUCAUCCUCAACCUCCUUCUAGAAGCUCUGUCCUUGACAGAGGUGGUGAGCUAUCUGGGGCUAGUGUCUCACCUGCUGCUCUACCUCAGCCCUCUGGUGGACCCUUUCAUCUAUAUAUUCAUGAAUAAGGGUCCCAAAGAGGUGCUGCAGGCACUGCCCUGCUGCCAAAGGCGUAGUCAGAAAGAAAACAUGACACCCACAGUGAACACUGUGUCUGAGACAGUAGAAACGAGACUUUGAAGAGGAAGUACAGUUUUUCUAAAAGUAAACCAAAGAAAGGAACACAUUCACAAAUCUGGCGUGGGACAGUUCAUAAGUCUGUCAGAUUUAUGAAAGAGAUUUUUAGUCUGAGGCAUUUUACACAGGAACGAUUCUGUUACUCUAAACUUGUAAAACUAUAAACUACUGUAAACACAUAAGACUGCAGUUAUGUGCAGGCAAAGAGAAGAGAAAUCUGAUAGCAAUUAGCUUUGGCAAGACCACACAAGUAGUGUCAAUGAAAAGUGUCAGGUUGAAUAUAAUUGGAUGUUACAGGUCAGCUGGUAGCAAGGUGGUUGAUGAGAUGGCAAACAGAAUGAGAGGCUUUAUUCCAACACUAAAAUACUGGAUAUACUGGAAUCCUUCCUCAGCCAUACGAGCACAUGUGCUUCAUAUGCACAAUCAAAAUAAGGGUCACUGGAUUAACCAUUGUCCACUUUAACUCCAAAGCUACCAACACGGUCUACUCAUCUAUUUCAGCUUAUUAUCAUAACGUCUCUCUCUAUGUCUGAAAUGCUUUGUAUUUGUUUGUAUUAACACUUAUUUUCUUUCAUUGUCAAUUUCUUUUUAGAAUCUCUUUUUCACAAGUUAACGUUCCUUUUUAGGAAUAUUUACAGUUGCAGGAAAUUGUUACCAGUACUGGAAAACCAACUUUUCUUGCAGGAAUGUGCACACACACACCUGCAUCUAAAGGGCAGCCUAAAAAGCGAGCUGAUGGCUGUUCCCUUCAGGAUCUUGCUGGAUCCAUUUAUUUUUGCUGUGUUCUCAUAUUUUAGUUAAUGCAAAGCUCGGUAUUGCUGGAUAGUUGUAAAAAGUACAAGUAGAAAUGUAAUGACUUGUAAGAACAUACCUGUCUGUGUUUACACUGAGCAGUAAGGUCACUUUUGGUCACCUAACAGCUUGUUCUAAGAUUAGAACUGCCUCACAUACAUGAAAAAAUAACAUGGUGAAGCUCUCCCAUACAUCUUGUAUACGUUUCUUUUAUUAAAAAUUUAAAAAAAAAAAACUGUAAAAAUGUAAAUUCCUGCUGAUUUGUACAAUUUUUAAGAUCUCACAAUACUUCUUGCUUCAUGUACUUUAUUAAACCUAUGAAUUUUGUUGUACUUAGAUUUUAAUGCAGUUACACAUCUACAUUUUUCUCUUUUUCCUUUUUUCAUUUUGCUUUUCUUUUUUUUCCAAUUGUGUAAAUAUCAGGUGGGGAACUGUCUUGGUAUUAAAAAAAAGGUCUACAUAUAAAGUCUAAUACAGUAGAUAAAACUACUCAAAACAUCUUAGUGUGAUUUUGUUUUGCAAAGCAACAAAAAAUGCAUCAUCUUUAGAUCAAAUAAAAUUGUAACUGAACAUUGGUCAGCGCAGUUUUUUAAUGUUAUAAAAAAUGACAUUUAUUCUUUCUUUUUUUUUUACAUUUUUGGU